GCCAUUUUGUUGGGCCGGCUGCCGUGGAGUGAGCGUGGUUGAACGUACUUGUCUCGUUAUCGUCGUUCUGUGUUUCGGACAUCGGAGCUAUCCAUUUAUCCAUGCGUGUUGUACGUCGAUCUUCUAAUGUCACAAGAUCAAGCAGCAACGCGCGCCUUCAAUGCUGGCUAUUUUAGCCAAACUGUCGGGUCUAUCCGGUCACUAUAUGCCGACAAGAUAGAAAUGUGCAACGGGGUCGACCCGUGCGAGCUUCGAGAAGGAGUGGACGUUAGAACAGACGUGAAUCUAUUGCCUGAUGUGUCGUAUGAGGACAUUGUGAACUAUUUAGUGUUGGCUACGAGCUCUGUCACGCUGGAACAAAUGAAAGCCUACACAUCGCUGGAAUCGCACAAUUAUUUCACAAGCGGAUGGGUUAGUGGCCUGUCAACAACAAGACCUGCGUAUGAUAGAUGCCUAAUCCUCAGCAAAGUGAAUCACUCCCAGAGACUUCGAGAUGUCCCGCUGAAAGUCUGGAUUUUGUGUCGUGACAGCGGAGAAGUGCUGACUGCACACUGCACAUGCAUGGCUGGGGCCGGUGAGACAUGUUCUCAUGUGGGUGCUACUUUGUUUGCCACUGAAGCACAUGUGCGAAUCAGAAAGAAUACAACCUGCACCGGAAAGGAAAAUUCUUGGCUUCCGCCAUCCAUGAAGAGCGUCGAGUACAAGAAAAUCCGAGACAUUGAUUUCAGUUCAUCAAAAACAAAGAUGCGCAAAGUCGACCAAAUCUUGCAGGACCACAAUGAAAGUCCUUCUAGCAACAAAUUCGAACUGCAACACGCGGAAAGGUCUGCUGUCAAUUCCCCAGCAGCCAGCGAACUGGACGCUUUUUACAAUGCUCUACAGGCAGCAAAUUGCACUCCUACAAUCUUUUCGGUACUCCCUGGAUACAACAGUGGAUUUCGCACAAUACAGGCACGGGAGCCGGUUAAUCUACGGACUCUGUAUGACGAAUCUGCUCUGUGUGCUUCAUUAGCUGAGCUGAAACAGAAAGCAGAAGCAUUCAUGCUUACUUUUACAGUGACUGAGCACAUGGUGACACAUUGUGGAGUGCUUGACAAGAAGACAAGCUCAGUGCUCAAAAUGGUUUAUGUACAGGGCAGGGCGGAUAACUGCGUCAAUGGUAAAGCCUGUGGUCUCAUCAAGUGUGUCGAACCCAUCGGUAAGCCUACUAAAGCGUAUCUCUUAUCCCGAACAAAACCAGUUUCAUGCAGCAAGUACACAGUGGGGUCAGGACCAUGAGCAUGAUGCACGGAAGGCCUACGUGAACUGUCAGAGGGCUCAUCAUUGUAAUUUUGCGUGUACUGUGUCCGGUCUGUUUCUAAACAAAGAACACCCCUUUAUUGCAGCUACCCCUGAUGCCCUUGUGAAUUGCAACUGCUGUGGGAAAGGCACUGCUGAAUUUAAA